GCAGCACAUUUGAGAGUGAGGAAAAGAAACGGCCAAGUUUGGUGUCAGUACUGUGUAGCAGCCGGCAACACUGCUUGCCUUCUCCCGUACAUACCUACCUACAACCGGAGAGAGAUGUUAUUCACCACCCUGAGCUGGGCCGGCGGCAAUCCACUUUAACGACGGCGGAGAAGUGAGGGGGCGGAGCGGGACCGAGGAGGAGGAGGAUGUGAGUGCGGCUCCGGGGCGGCUGCUGAUUGACUGAGCGGCUGUGUGUGGGGAGGAGGGAGUCGGUGUGGUGAGGGGCUGAGCUCCGCCCGGCUGUAUCUCCUGUACGGAGGAAGAGGCCGCUCAUCUCUCUCUCAAUCCCCCCCCAUUGGGGCAGAGAGGGAAGGACGGGGGGCGACGGAGGAGGCCCAUGAACUGAGACAGGACAAAAUGGCGACGGCGGGCACCGGGAGCCGGACGGUGUUUACCGGGGACACCGGGACUGGGAGCCGCGGCAACAAGAGCUCGGAGCCGAGUGAAGAGCCGGCCUCGGCCCAGAAGCAGCUCGCGUUAUGCAGAAAGCACCUCCGUAAAGUCAAGAGUGUCGACUUCGACGCCUCGGUGGAGAAGGAGCCGAGUUCGGACCUGUGUCUGCCCCAUGCCGGAGCGGAGCAGCCCGCGCAAUCCGGCGGCACUGCCGGACCAGCAGGAUAUGGAUAUGGGGGCUCGGCCGGGGCCAUUCUUAUGGAUAUAGGCCCUCCGUUCAGUCGUGACCUUGAAAAUAAGGAGACCCUCAGGGGCUUACCAAAAAUGGAUGACCGCCCAGAAGAGCGCAUGAUCAGGGAAAAGCUGAAAGUGACGUGCAUGCCAGCUUGGAAACAUGAAUGGUUAGAGAGAAGGAACAGGCGAGGACCAGUGGUUGUGAAACCAAUUCCAGUUAAAGCCGAUGGACCUGAACUAAGCACUCAAGCAUCUGACUGUCAGACAGAUAUGAUUGCCUCAUCACAAAUACAGCGAGGAAGGCGCAGCCCUUCCCCUGGUAGUUCUUCUUCUGCCACGUCAUCGUCAUCUUCCUCAAAAACUACUACAAAGUCUGAAUCACCUGGUGUGAGAAGGAAAAGGGUAUCACCAGUACCUUUUCAGAGUGGACGUGUGACUCCUCCAAGGAGAGCACCUUCACCAGAUGGGUUCUCACCUUACAGCCCUGAGGAAACUAACCGAAGAGUCAACAAAGUAAUGCGAGCACGACUGUACUUGCUGCAGCAAAUAGGUCCAAAUUCCUUCCUCAUUGGAGGCGAUGUUCCUGAUAACAAGUACAGAGUGUUUAUUGGUCCUCAGACCUGCAGUUGUGGGCGUGGAACAUUCUGCAUUCAUGUUCUAUUUGUUAUGCUGCGAGUCUUCCAGUUGGAGCCAUCUGAUUCAUUGCUGUGGCGAAAGACAUUAAAAAACUUCGAGGUGGAGAGUCUUUUUCAGAAAUACCACAGCAGACGCAGUUCACGUAUCAAAGCUCCUUCACGCAACACCAUCCAAAAGUUUGUUUCUCGGAUGUCUAACUCUCAUACUUCUGCUUCAUCCAGUACUUCUACGUCCAGUGCAGAGCACAGCUUAAAGGAUGAAGAAGAACAAAUGUGUCCUAUUUGUCUACUGGAUAUGCUGGAUGAGGAAAGCUUGACUGUGUGUGAAGAAGGCUGCAGGAAUAAACUUCACCAUCACUGCAUGUCAAUCUGGGCUGAAGAAUGUAGAAGGAACCAUGAGCCCCUGAUCUGCCCUCUUUGUAGAGCCAAAUGGAAGUCCCGAGAACUGCACAGCCAUGAGUCUCAAAAUUCAGUGCGUAAUCAGACUCAGUCGCUGGAAGUAGAUCCACAAAGACGGCAGCAGGACAAUGACUUCAAUCUGCGUCAUUAUGGAGUUCAACAAAUCCCACAAGGUUAUAAAGAGUUGGCAGAACCCUGGAUUCAGGUAUUUGGAAUGGAACUGGUUAGUUGUCUCUUUUCUCGGAACUGGAAUGUACGUGAGAUGGCAUUAAGGCGACUUUCACAUGAUGUUAGUGGAGCCUUGCUGUUGGCAAAUGGCGAGAUUCGUACUGGAAGUUCCUCCUCUAAUAAUGGAAGUGACACUGGAUCUAGUAGUCUGCCUGGAGCCAAUGGGUCAUCUCAGAUUGACCUCUCAGGAGACGUGGUGGUGGAGUCGUGUUGCAGUGUACUAUCUAUGGUCUGUGCUGAUCCGGUCUACAAAGUAUAUGUUGCUGCCUUGAAAACGUUACGAGCCAUGUUGGUGUAUACAUCUUGUCAUGCAGUAGCAGAAAGGUCACGGCUGCAACGCCUUCUCAGGCCAGUGGUUGAAACUAUAUUGGUCAAAUGUGCAGAUGCCAACAGUCGAACAAGCCAACUUUCUGUUUCUACGCUGUUGGAAUUGUGCAAAGGCCAGUCAGGAGAGCUUGCUGUGAGCAGAGAAAUUCUUAAAUCAGCAUCCAUUGGAGUUGGAGGUAUUGACUAUGUCUUAAACUGUAUACUGCGUACCUCAACAGAAUCAACUAAUUGGCAGGCUUUGCUUGGACGUCUGUGUCUCAUUGAUAGACUUUUACUGGAAUUUCCAGCUGAAUUCUACCCUCACAUUGUUUCUAAUAGUGAGGACCCAGUUGUUGAAACAGAACUUGUGCUAGAAAGAUACAAGAAGCUACUGUCACUUUUGAAUUUUGCACUGCAGUCUAUUGACAACUCCCACUCAAUGGUGGGAAAAAUGUCCCGAAGAGUCUUCCUCAGUGCUGCCCGGAUGGUUGCAAGAGUUCCUCGUGUUUUUGUGAAGCUUAUACACAUGCUGAGUGUAACCAGCUCAACCCAUUACACACGUAUGCGGCGGCGCUUGAUAGCUAUAGCAGAGGAAAUGGACAUUCUUGAUGCCAUUCAAUCAGGUAUAGAGGAUGAACAAACUGUGGAUGGAAGACAUGAUCAUUUCAUAGAGCCUUCAGCUCCGCAUAAUUCACCAUAUGCUACAGAAAACAGCUCCCCGGUGAACACUCUGAAGUUAUCUGGAAAAGCAAGAAAAAGUGUGUUUAAUCCUGAUCAUGAUCCUAAAUCUGGUGUUGGAGCAGAUGAAAUGGGAGAGACAGUACAAGAUAUUUCUUCUACAAGACUUGUGACUGCAGUGCCCUGUGAACAACCAAAGACAGCCAUUCAAGUACGCCCCAGGCCACUGAGUCAGUGUGUCAGUUCAUGUUCAUCAGUGACACCAUUAAAUCAUUCACAGCUUUCCUUCCCAUUUUUACCUUCCCCGUCAUCCCCCUCGUCUUCGCCUUCAUCGUCUUCAUCAAAUCCUUUAGCUGGACAAAUGGCUAUUGAUGGUUCCAAACUACGACCUCAGGGUUUUGUUCCUAGCAAAUUUGCAUUGUCUUCCCCAAAAGCACAGCGAAAAUUUUCUCUUCAGAUUCAAAACAACUGUUCUAAAGAUAUCACUGGAGGUAGAGAGACUGAAAAGCUGUCUCCAGUUUUUACCCAGGCACGGCCUCCUGCAUCCAGUCAGAUCCACAGACCAAAACCAUCGCGGCCAUGCCUAAAUGAAAUAGGGAAAUUUUCAGGUGACUUGAGCAGAAGCUGUAUGAUGCUUGAACUAAAAGAUCUUGAGCUUAGUGACUACUGUAGUAGCAACCCAGUUAUUCCAAGUGAUGAAACUGUAUUCACUCCUGUGGAGGAUACUUGUCGCCUCGAUACUUCGACAGAACUGAACUCUAGUAUGGAAGAUCUCCUUGAAGCAUCAAUGCCUACAUGUGAUAGUACUGUUACAUUUAAAUCUGAAGUUGCUGUGCUGUCUCCUGAGAGGACAGAGACUGACUGUACCUACAAUGAUGAUGUUAAUCAGAAUCAGAAGUGCAAAGAGAAAAUGGAAGCAGAGGAGGAGGAGGCAUUGGCAGUUGCCUUAGCUAUGUCAGCAUCCCAGGAUGCGCUACCUGCUAUUCCUCAGCUGCAAGUUCAGAAUGGAGAGGAUGUCAUUCUCAUUCAGUUGGAUACACCAGAAACUCUACCUGGACAUACCAAAGCAAAGCUUGCUUACAGAGAGAGUGUAGAAUGGUUCAAAGGUCAACAAAUAGGCCUUGGGGCGUUUUCUUCAUGUUAUCAGGCACAAGAUGUGGGAACAGGAACAUUAAUGGCUGUGAAACAGGUGACCUACGUUAGGAACACAUCUACUGAGCAAGAAGAAGUGGUACAAACCUUACGCGAAGAAAUACGGAUGAUGAGCCGCCUUAACCAUCCAAAUAUAAUUCGGAUGUUAGGUGCCACCUGUGAGAAGAGUAACUACAACCUGUUUGUUGAAUGGAUGGCAGGUGGAUCCGUUUCCCAUUUGUUAAACAAGUACGGUGCAUUCAAAGAACAAGUUAUUAUUAAUUACAAUGAGCAGCUGCUGCGUGGCCUAGCUUAUCUCCAUGAGAACCAAAUUAUCCACCGGGAUAUCAAAGGUGCCAAUCUGCUAAUUGACAGUACAGGACAACGACUAAGAAUAGCAGAUUUUGGAGCUGCAGCCAGGUUGGCAUCAAAAGGGACUGGUGCAGGUGAAUUUCAAGGGCAGCUGUUGGGAACUAUUGCAUUCAUGGCACCUGAGGUGUUAAGAGGCCAGCAAUAUGGCAGAAGCUGUGAUGUGUGGAGUGUUGGUUGCGUUAUCAUAGAGAUGGCCUGUGCCAAACCUCCUUGGAAUGCAGAGAAACACUCUAAUCAUCUUGCUCUAAUAUUUAAGAUUGCCAGUGCAACGAGUGCUCCAACAAUUCCAAACCAUUUAACCCCUGCAUUGCGCGACGUGGCUCUCCGGUGCCUAGAACUUCAGCCCCAAGAUAGACCCCCAUCGAGGGAGCUUCUGAAACAUCCAGUCUUCCGAACGUGGUAAUGGAUACAAUUGCAAAUAAAAGCUGUGCAAGACAAAACUACUGAAACAAAGAAAAUGCCCAGGUGUUGUCCUGCAGUGCACUGUAGAGCUGUGUAAAUGGGAGAACUGGCCUCGGGUUUGAAAUAAAAGCAGCAAAAGCCAAAAGGAGUCUGUCUGUCAGUAAACAACUGUCAACACGUGGACAAAAUAGUAUGCAAAUGUCUUGUUCCUGCUUGUAAAUGAUGUGCCUCCUUAUUGAUCAGAUUUGUCACUAGUGCCCUGAAAUAUACUUGGAUCUGCCAGUUAAAAGCUGUGGAGCAGUUUGGAAGGACAUUCUUCUGUCAGAGCACUUUUUCAGCACAUACUAGCAGUUGAGGGGCUCCUUUGAGGUCUUGCAGGUUUUAAACUGCCACUAAAGUCUGACGUAAAGUUUAAGGAUGUAUUCAAAGCACCAGAUUCUCCCUGUCUCUCGUAUUUUGUAUUUACGAAAUAAUUCUGAAAAAGGGUUUUCUGGAUUUAAUACUGAGAUGUUUUGGGGUUCAGUUUCCGCUCUGGACACAGUUGGCAAUAUGGGCAAAAAUUGUGCUAGUUUUCCAAAGUUUCCACUCAAUUCAUUUGCAUAUUGCCAAAUGUAAAAUCUUGCAUGAACCAGCACAAUUGGGCAAAGUUCUUCAGAAAAAAAAUUGCAUUUAAAAACAAAAUCCUUGAUUGUAUGACAUUCUAAUGGAGUUUUACUAAGACAGCUGAAAAUAGGUUUAUCACAAAAAGUAAACCGUGAUAAGUAAUCACUAUCUUUUUAAGUAAAUUGAUUUUUCAGUCACUGAAAAAUGACUUUUAACAAUUGUACGAAACCAGCUUACAACAGGUGCACAUAAUUAAGUUUUUUAGUAAAUUAAGUAUUGUUAAGGUUUAAAACUUUCUGAAGAUACCCUUGCACCAAAAGAGAGCUUAAUUUUAAGGGCCUAAGUGGGCAAUAAGUGCAGAAACUUGCUGCAAUGAUUAAUUGAGCCUACAGGGAUGGUUAAUUUUGCAGACGAGGCUGGCUUCCAACAUUUUCAUAAAUUAGCUCAAAAGAUUAUGGAAACUUUAUUUUCAUUUAAGAUUUCUUGAUCUUUUGUGCUGGUUUUAUUGAUAUUUGACAAAUUACACAGGGAAAACCAACGAGGCGGAAGCUCUACUCUCUAACAUGUUCAAUGAUCCACUUAAGUACUUGAUUAUAACGUUUUCGCUGUGGAAAACAGUGAAGUUAGAAUAUCAUCCAAGUUGAUUGGACAAUUUACUACAAAGGUGCCUGCUGUAUUUUUGUCCAUUUUCAAUGAACGGGUCAUUUUACUAGCUGUUAUAAUUGAAAGGAAUUUUGUGGUAUCCACUUAAUGACUUAAAUUGUUUUAAUAUUCAGGGAAGGGUAAAUUUGUGAAACCUAUUUUCAAAAUGUAUUGUAAAACUUUUGCCAUAAUUCAGCUGUUUUGAGUUGGUUAUUGAUUACUUUUUUACAGUUUGAAGAUGUGUACUAUUUUGUGUAAAAUGCUGAAAAGAUUACCUUUACAUUUCCAGUAUGACACCAUUACUUGUGCCUGUUACAAAACUUGUAGGGUAGUACCUGCUGUUUGAAUCUGUCACUCGGUUAGUUUACUAAUAUUGAGCAGCAACCAUGCCAGAAAGUUCCUGUUACGGUUUCAUUUGUGCUACUGUCUUUUGAAGUCUUCUAUUCAAUUUUAAAACAUAAACAUUUGUAUUUGGUUGAAUUUUACUUUUGCUGCUGUAAAAUUCUAGAAUCUUUGCAAGAAAGUCUUAUUGUCUUGACCUUUUAACAAAACAAGUAGAACAGCAAAAAUGUUAUAUUCAAAGCUUAGUUUGCAGUUUUCCUUCAGCAAAAGGUUUAAUUCACUGUUGCCAUGUUUCUUACAAUACACUUUCAUUUUUUGCAGAGUAGCCUACAGUGACCAAUUUGAAUAGAUGUAACUUAAUACAGUAUCUUGAGAAAUCUUACUUGAAAUACAAGCAUGUUUCAGAAUUGCACGCAAGACUGAUAAAUUGUGUUAUUAGUGUUCACAUCACCUCUGCUUCCUUAAAUUGAGAGGGGAAUUUAAGUUUGAAUCAGACAUUACUUUAAUGACUAUUUCUGAAAUGUGAACUUUAAGUUAAACUCUCCUCCUGUUUUAUGGUAUUUGAAUGUAAUAUUUUAAUGUUGAGAAAGUCCUUCCUUUAAAGAAAGGACAUAAUAUUGCUGUUAUGUGAGAUACCACAUUGGAUUGAAAACAAAUGAGCAAAAGAAAUAAUUUGCACCAACUAAUGUAUAUUUUUUAAAGUGACAAGACAAAUUGAUUGACCGAUUCAUAUGCUAAGUCUAGAUUUCAGAUUCAUACUUGUUAAUACUGAAGGAAAACAAUAUUUGCUUUGAUUUUAUUUGGUUAAAUCUUAAUAUUUUGUGUUUUGUGAAUUGGCUAACUGUUAAAGCUUACAUCCUUUUAGACAUUUUUAGUUUGGGAAUUUUAACUCUUCCAGCAAUAAGUCUGAUUGUCUUUACAGAUUUUAAAUACUUGUUAUUUCCACUCUGUGGUAAGUCUAGUAAAUUAAAAUGUCAAAUUGAUAUACAUGAAAAUGGGGUUUCUGUCCCCAUAACAGUUUUGCAAAAAACUGAACAUAAUGUGAACCCUCAGUGUAGGUGUUAAUUUUUUAAAGAAUGUUUUAAUAUUAUAUUACAUUCCUCAUUGGUUAAAAGGUGCUGUUAUUGCUUGAAGAGUUAAAGGUGUACAGAGAUGUUUGUAGCAUACUUCAUAGCAGUGACUCCUUUAAUUUAUUGACAACUUGGAAUCAUAUUUUGUGGUCCUUUUCACGUCAAUAAGUCUUUUUUUGAACAAGUGUUUUUCCUUGAGCUUUAAAUGAUGCACUCUUGCCAUUUAUACUGGAAAUGUUUUUGUCAAAUUUUCACUUCCUGACAAAAACAUUGAACUGAUGAACCUCGGCUAAUCAGUAUUACUUUGUAGAUCUCAGCAUCUGCUUGUUUAAUAAGCCGAUGCUUUUUAUUAUCAAGUUGCAUUUUAAUUGGGGUUGUUUGCGUUGCCCUCAGCUUGCUGGUAAUAGUGACGUAUUUUUUGUAAUUUUUUUUAUUUUAUGCAUAUGUGAUGUAAUAUUCUUUCUUUGGAUCAGAGCUGGACUGAAAAUGUAAUGUAAUUAUUUGUGCUGUUCUUAUUAUGUUAUUUGGUACUUCUUAUAUUGUAAAUAACGUCUACUGCUGUUUUAUUCCAGUUUCUACUACCUCAGGUGUCCUAUAGUUUUCUUCUACCAAAGUACACUUUCACAAUGAAACUAUAUUUGCUAUGUGACUGUAAUUUCUAAAUCUUCCAGGGCUUAAGGGCUAACUUCUAUUAGCACCUUACUGUGCAAGCAAAUUUAAAAAAAAAUAAAUCUCUGGGGUUGAAAGAUUGGUUAAUUGUAUCCUUUGUAAUUUUAAAUAUAUCAAAUAUUUUAAUUAUUGAAAUUUUUACCCCAUUUUGAAACAUUUUAUAGCAUAAUUUGGACCUAUUUUGGUGUUUUUGUCUUUCUAGUAAAUAAAAAAAGGUUUUUUGGAAAAAUA